AUGUCGAGGAUUACGGUAUUCGACUUGGUCAGGCCGUUUGGUGUUAUCAGCAGCAUUGGUGUGUAUAAUACUGACAUCUCCUGGACUGGUAGUGAAACGUACGGCAAAAAUAUUCGCCUACAAAUGGGCCGCUAUCCCGUCCGCAGCGUCUUCUCUGACGCCAUUGCCUUGCUGGAGCAAAAGCAGCACCUCUUAAAUUUCAUGUUCGAACACGUCAUGCCAUUGUCUCAGACGUCUCAAGGCUACAGGCUCUUUGACCAGUCGAAAGUGCAGAAGGUGAUAUCCCAGCCAUGA